AUGUCGGGGUCAGUCGUAUUUAAUACUUCGAUGGGAGGUAUUGUUUUCGAAUUAUAUUGGGAACAUGCACCAAAAACUUGUAAAAAUUUUUACGAAUUGCGGGGAUAUUACGAAAAUAUUAUUUUCCAUAGAAUAGUUGAGGAUUUCGUUAUACAAGGAGGUGAUCCAACUGGAACCGGUCGUGGAGGUUCAUCAAUCUAUGGCAGAGCUUUUGAAGAUGAGAUUCAUCCUGAAUUAAAGCAUACAGGUGCUGGCAUUUUAAGUAUGGCAAAUUCUGGACCAAAUUCAAAUGGCAGUCAGUUUUUCAUAACAUUGGCACCUACACCGUGGUUGGACGGAAAACACACUAUUUUUGGAAGAGUGAGUGAAGGUAUGAGAGUUGUUAAGCGCAUGGGGCUUGUUAAAUGUGAUUCCGAUGAUAGACCAGUAACAGAAGUAAAAAUUUUAUCUGCAAAUGUUGUUGAUUAA